GGCCCGCUCUCUCUGGGCGGGGAGGGAGCGGAGCCGGGGGGAGGGGGCGGCCGGGCUCCCUCCUCACCUCCAGCGGGACGCGCCUGCGGGGGCGGGCGGCCCCUUUAUUUUGCAUAAGGGCUCUGGUUUGUUGAGGACCACCUAUGCCAAGUUGGGAGAGGAGACCGACAACCCGAGCUGUGAUUUUUAGUUAAGUCAUAUGUAAGGUUCCUUGUAUUCCUGUACUGGUUUUAUUGCCCCGUGCACUGCUUUUGUCUCAACUAGUCAAAGUGUGUGCCUUCCAGCCUGGGUGGCAAACAACCCAUCUACAGCAUUGGACCACCAAUCGAUCACUAUGAAGGCCUUGUAUUGUCAGCAGAAUUCACCUGGAGAGGAAAUUACAUUUGUCUUCCAGGAAAGAGAAAACCUUCCUCCUACAAGAGACAACGAUGUGAAAGUACAAGUUAGAGCCUGUGCACUGAGCUGGAUAGAUACAAAGCUUCUGUCAGAAAUUAAACUGGAGAAGGAGCUUCUACCUGUUGGUCGAGAAAUUUCUGGAGUUGUAUUGGAAGUUGGAAGAAAGGUGACCUUUUUUCAGCCAGAUGAUGAAGUGGUGGGAAUUUUGCCCCUGGAUUCUGAAGAGUCUGGUCUUUGUGAAGUUAUUCUGGUUCAUGAGCAUUAUUUGGUUCGUAAACCAGAAAAAGUUUGUUGGGUUGAAGCGGCUGGGACUGUUCGUGAUGGUGUCCGAGCAUAUACAGCUUUACACUACCUUUCCCAAGUCUCUCCUGGAAAAACUGUCCUUGUAAUGGAUGGAGCAAGUCCAUUUGGUACAAUAGCUAUUCAGUUAGCACAACAUAGGGGAGCUAAAGUAAUCUCUACUGCAUACAGUCUUGAAGAUAAGCAGUACCUGGAGAGGCUUAGACCUCCUGUGGAAGGUAUACGGCAGCCUUUAGUGGCUCGAGUGAUAGAUGUGUCAAAUGGAAAGAUAGAUGUGGCAGAAAGCUGCUUGGAAGAAACGGGUGGCCUGGGAGUGGACAUUGUUCUAGAUGCUGGAGUGAAAUUAUAUAGUGCUGAAGAUGAAUCAACUUCAAAAUCACAGCUGCUGCCCCAUAAGCAUGAUAUCAUUACUCUUCUUGGUGUUGGAGGUCACUGGAUAACAACAGAAAAAAAUCUUCAGCUGGAUCCUCCAGAUAGCCAUACCUUGUUUCUUAAAGGAGCCACAGUCUCCUUUCUGAAUGAUGAGAUAUGGAACUUGUCCAAUCUACAGCAAGGGAAGUAUCUCUCCAUCUUAGAAGAUAUAAUGGAGAAAUUAUCAAGUAGCAUUUUCAGGCCUCAGCUGGAUGAACCAAUCCCAUUGUAUGAAGCCAAAGUUUCUAUGGAAAUAGUUCAGAAGAAUCAAGCAAGAAAAAGACAAGUCAUCCAGUUCUGACACACAAUUUCCUGAUUUCUAAGCCUGUGGAAGAUAAAGAAACAUAAUGUAUUUGAGAAGUAAAUUAGUGUACACUUUCAAAUAAUUCUGUAACCACAAGUUGAAGAUCUUUUGUACCUCAGCACAAAUGGUCUGUGAAGCUCCUGUGACUUAAGGGUGGGUUUUUUUAUCCACUUGAGCAGAAUGUUCCCAUCAGCAAAUUCUAAAGAGGCAGUCUUGACAUACAAAACUUGUCUGCCCUGCCCCAAUUACAAAUGUCAGUAACAUCUACAGGCAACAUCAGUUGCUGUUGUUUUUCAACCGUAAGAAAUUAAAGGGAAAAAAAAAUCUGGUGGUUUUUAUUAGUCCUCCCUUCUCCAGCCCCUGCCAAUAGUCAUCUUAAUAUUUACCUUUUGCUGUUGACUGCAUUGAGACUGAGUGCUUUCUGUGGUACAUUUAAAGUCUUUAAUCCACAUUUUAAAUUGUUAUUUAAUAGAAAGACAGGCAAAACCAUCAGAACUGGCAAGGAUGCCAGAGGGGAAGGAUAUGGUACUGACAGUAAGAGUUCUCCCCACAGAUAAUUUUCUUCUUUUUAGCAAACUGUUUACAGGCAGUAAACCUAGUAAAUCUAGAGUUCUUAAGCUGAUAUGAGUGUGUCAUUCAGAUGUUUGAGGCACUUUAUGUAUCUCGUUACUGUAAUGUUAUCUUUGAUAUCUUUCCAGUAAGACCUUCCUAUGCUGUGCACUUUCACUUCCCCUCUUUUAACCUCAGUCCUAUGCCUAGCACUGCUCAAAUCUGUUUAUCCAACAUUCUCCAUUACUGUGAACCAUUUGCAAAUCAGCAGUAUGGAAGGAACUGCUGUUUUAAUUUCUUCAAAGCGUGUGGCUUCCUACUUGCUCUUAGUUGAGAGCAAAAGUAUUUUUUCUGUUCAGCUGUGCUAUUCAUUUUCACUGUGCGGAUGGCUCAAACAGUGGACACUAGUACUUUAAACAGUGUAGGAAGUUGGAACAUUUGAGUGAAAAUUGAUUAUCUAGAACCAUGAUUAAUCUAUCUUCUGUCAUUCACUGGACUUGUAGGUUCUUGAUAAAUGAUGCAAGGGAAGCAUAUAAAGUCAUGAGUAAAUUUUAUUUUACUACUAAUGUGAUGUAAUGCAGCCUUGAAAAUAACUGAUGCUUUUAUGCAUGUGUGUACACACACGUCUAAAGCAUGUGAAUCCUCUGUUAGUUUGACAUUUAUUCUGAAGCUUUGUACCCAGCUGCCUUUUUUUUUUCCCCCGAUGUUCAUUUUAGUUUAAAUGUUUACAAAAUAAAGUAGAUCAGAGGAAACAAAGUAAGAGUUUAAAAAUAAGGUUCAAUAAAACAGGCACAACCACUGA